AUGAAUACAUUUAAGGAGACAAUGACUAUACCGUCAAAUUUUUCAAACGUUGUUUCUGGAGCCUUAUACGAGAGUCCCCUUGUAAUUACCAAGAGACAAGAUUUGAUUAGCGGGAUUCCUGAUGGAAUACUUGCUCUUAUAGCACCAGUCAUGGCAUAUUGGACAUAUUCUACCUUUUUCCAUAUAAUCGACGUGUACGAGUUGGCAGAGAAGUAUCGGAUACAUCCUAGCGAAGAGGAACAGGCGAGAAACAAAGUAACUUUGGCAAACGUUGUGCAAGAUGUCAUUUUGCAGCACAUAAUUCAGACAAUAGUAGGGUAUGCUGUAUAUUGUUUUGACCCCGUUUCUACAACGGGCUAUGAAUUGUAUCAAAUGUGGGUCUUAAGACAAAAGUAUGUCCCAGCAUUCAUUCCAGACAGUGUGCUAUACUAUGGAUAUAUGUAUGGAUGGCCUAUUUUUAAAAUAACAGUUUCGAUGUGUAUCAUUGACAGCUGGCAAUACUGGCUCCAUAGAAUUAUGCAUAUGAACAAAACAUUAUACAGAAGGUUCCAUUCAAGACAUCAUAGACUAUAUGUGCCAUUUGCAUACGGUGCCUUGUACAAUGACCCUGUCGAAGGAUUCUUGUUGGAUACUUUAGGUACCGGUAUUGCUAGUUUUGUUACUGCGUUGACACCGAGGGAAGCUUUGAUUUUAUACACGUUCGCGACUUUGAAAACUGUCGAUGAUCAUUGUGGGUAUCGUCUACCGUAUGACAUAUUUCAAAUUAUAUUUCCAAACAAUUCCCUUUAUCAUGAUAUUCAUCACCAAGCAUGGGGUAUCAAACACAAUUUUUCGCAACCCUUUUUUACCAUCUGGGAUAAAAUGAGCGAUACACAAUAUAGAUUUGUUAAUGAAUACAAAGCUAUGCAAAAUCAUAUCACAUUAACUAAGUACAAGGAAUUUUUGGCGAAUCGGAAAUCCCAAGGUAAGAAGGGAGUUCAAGAAAAGAAAAAGGAUAUCUAG